CUCCUGGCUGCUAUAUAGACAUACAAACCGAACGAGGGAACACAAACACAACAACAUAGCACUCUUCUCCAAGCAAGAUAUGGAUUCCAGAACAGCAUUCUGCGGCGCUCUCCUACUGCUGGUAAUACUGCUGCCUGUUUCAGCUAACGCGUCGAGUAAACUCUACAUCGUGUAUAUGGGGGAGAAGAAGCAUGAUGACCCAUCCAUGGUCACCGCGUCUCACCGUGACAUGCUAACCUCUGUUUUUGGGAGCAAGGAUGAAGCCUUGAGGUCGAUAGUUUACAGUUACAAGCAUGGAUUUUCUGGUUUUGCGGCGAUGCUCACCGAGUCUCAGGCUGAGACAAUCGCAAAAUUCCCAGAAGUUGUCACUGUGAAGCCUAACACUUAUCACGAAACGCACACAACUCGGAGCUGGGACUUUCUUGGCCUUGACCAUAACCAAGCAAGACAACAACCCGGCCUACUCAGAAAAGCAAAGUAUGGUGAAGAUGUCAUCGUGGGUGUGAUCGAUACAGGCAUAUGGCCUGAAUCACGAAGCUUUGAUGACAAUGGGUAUGGCCCUGUGCCGGCACGGUGGAAAGGGAAAUGCCAGACUGGUCAGGAUUUCAACGCCACAAGUUGCAACAAAAAGAUCAUCGGUGCGCGGUGGUAUGAGCGUGGAAUCAGUGACGAGGUGCUAAACAGAAACUAUAAGUCGCCUAGGGACAUUGAAGGACAUGGCACACACGUCGCGUCGACCAUCGCUGGCAGGGAAGUGCAGGGCGUGAGCUACGGAGGCCUAGGCAUGGGCGUGGGACGCGGCGGGGGGCCCCGGGCGGCGGGCCCGAACAAGGUGUGUUGGUUGGGUGGGAGUUGCCCUGAAGCAGCGGUCCUCGCGGCUAUCGAUGAUGCUAUGCAUGACGGUGUGGACGUCUUGUCGCUCUCGAUUGCUGGGGCUGGUCACGAGUUUCCUGGGACGCUGCAUGCUGUGCAAAGAGGGAUCUCUAUCGUGUUCGCCGGAGGGAAUGAUGGCCCUGUGCCACAAACGGUGGCUAAUGCCCUACCGUGGGUUACAACGGUGGCCGCUAGCACGAUUGACCGGUCUUUCCCGACCUUGAUAUCGCUCGGAAACAAAGAAAAGCUUGUGGGGCAAUCUCUUCACAACAAUGCAUCUGUGAUCAUCGGCAACUUUAAAGACCUUGUUUAUGCCCGGAGCUGUGACACGGAGUCGUCACUGGCAUUGAGCAACGUCACCGGUAAAAUCGUCCUAUGCUAUCAACCCGUGGCAGCGAGAAGCAUGCCGCCUCGACAAGCACUUCCCAUAGCCAUCAAUCUCACCACCAUGGCUGGCGCCAAGGGCCUCAUAUUUGCACAGUACACUACUAACCUCCUCGACUUCCUGCCUUUGUGUAGGGGCGUUAUGCCCUGUGUAGUGGUGGAUUUUGAGAUCGCACAACGAAUUGCCUCCUAUUGGAGUUGGGACAAAGGGAAUGCGGUGGUGAAGGUGUCACCUGCCAUGACCGUUGUCGGAAAAGGGGUGUUGUCGCCGAGGGUCGCCUCAUUCUCGUCGAGAGGUCCAAGCAUGUUGUUCCCUAGCAUACUCAAGCCCGACAUUGCUGCCCCUGGCGUCAGCAUCUUGGCAGCGGACCGCGACUCCUACGUGUUCAAAUCCGGGACAUCCAUGGCGUGCCCGCAUGUCUCCGCUGUGACCGCACUGCUCAAGUCGGUUCACCCUGGCUGGUCACCUGCCAUGAUCAAGUCUGCCAUCGUCACCACAGCAUCUGUGACUGAUCGUUUUGGCAUGCCAAUCCAAGCAGAAGCGGUCCCAAGGAAACUAGCUGACCCCUUCGACUUUGGUGGUGGACACAUAGACCCAGAUAGAGCUGUUGACCCUGGCUUGGUUUAUGACGUGGAUGCAAGAGAGUACAACAAGUUUUUGAACUGCACUCUUGGAUAUUUAGAUGGUUGUGAAUCCUACUACCUCAAUCUCAACCUCCCGUCAAUUGUCGUGCCGGACCUCAAGGACCAUGUCAUGCUUCGGCGCACUGUGACUAACGUUGGGCCAGCGGAAGCAACAUAUCAUUUAGUGGUUGAAGCUCCAGCUGGUAUAGAUGUGUCGGUAGAACCAUCUAUGAUUACUUUCACCAAAGGAAGCAGUAGAAGCGCAACAUUUAUGGUGACAUUCACCACAAGGCAGAGAGUGCAAGGAGGAUACACUUUCGGGAGCUUGACAUGGUCAGACGGAAUUACCCACUCAGUUCGAAUUCCGGUUGCUGUAAGGACUGUGAUACAAGACUUUGUUGCGGAUACCGCCUAAACUCGUAUCUUGUUAUUGUAAACCUUCUUUGUGUAUUCAUGUAGGCCACAUACAAAAAUGUAGGAGAAACACUCCGUAUCGAAUUUAUACAUCAUAAAAAAAUGUUAAAUAAAAAUAGUAUGAUUCUUCUUU